AUGGCGGGGCACCUGGGCCAGUGUCUCGCACACUAUAUUAUGGGCUCGGCAUUUGCGGCCUACUCGGUGAUUUUGCUGAUUAUGAUGAAGUGCGCUGUUGAAUGGCUCCGCAGACGGGGGUUCGCCCAGGAAUACCUGGACUCGUGGGUCAUUUUGCUAUGGGGUAUUGUCAACUCAUUUACCGAGCAUCACGGUGGACCCUGGACGCACAAGGAUCUUCAGCAUACCUUGAUGGGCGUGGUAUGGUGGGCUGGUGGUGCCGUGGGUAUCUGGGUCAGCCGUCGCGGUGCACGCUCCGUGUUCCCUGCGAUCAUCAUCAUGCUGACGGGCUGGGCCAUGAGUGGGCACAAGCAGGCCGUCGCUAUAUCGACAGAAAUCCAUGCUCUUUUUGGCUAUACACUCAUGGCGGGCGGCUUGUGUCGCGUCAUUGAGAUUUGCUUCGUCUUGAACGAAGGACCUUCGGGAUCCAUCCCUCGUGAACCGAGACCAGGCGAAUGGUUCCCGGUGAGCAUUUUCCAGUACUUGCCUCCGUUUCUUCUUGUGUCAAGUGGCAUCCUGUUCAUGAGCGCGACCGAUGAAGAGAUGCGUUGGGCCGAUGCGAAGGGUGUCGACCACGUUACGUGGGCGCUGAUCGACUUUUCCGUCGCGUUUACUCUGUUCCUGUGGUUCAACGUACUGAUCGACACCUAUGUUGGCUAUGGCGGUCGCUACGGCUUGGCUGCGGGUCAUGCGAAAGAUGAACCCUUUUCUUAUUUGGCCAUGGAACAGGGUCUGGAGCAUGUUGAUGAAGAUGCCGAUGCCGGUACCGAUGCCGAUGCCGAUGCCGAUGCCGACGCAGUUGCCCUAGAACCGUAUGGUUCCGCGAGCCAUUUUCAUGCGUCGGCUUCUCGUCUGAAGGAGCCUGUACAAGCACCCAACACAUAUGCACAGUCAAUGCCAACAAGAGAGCUAAAUACAACGCCGCCACUGCCGCCACAGACACACGUGCUCGAAGAUAAGGAUCCCUUUGAUGAUAAUGACCAGGUUCUUGUGUAG